AUGGUCGGCGACGGCACAAAUGACUUGCUCGCCAUCAAACGCGCAGACGUGGGGGUAAGCAGCAGCAGCAGCAGCAGCAGCAGCAGCAGCAGCAGCAGCAGCAGCGGCAGCAGCAGCAGCAGCAGGGGCUGGGGCAGGGGCCAAGGCAGGGGCGAAGGCAGGGGGCAGGGAGAGCAGCAGCAGCAGCAGCAGCAGCAGGGAUAUAGGCAGAGGCUACAGCAGCGGGAGCAGCAGGGGCUGCAGCAGCUGCAGCAGCUGCAGCAGGGGGAGCAGAAAAGAGUGUGCGUCUCAGCCGACAGCAGCAGCAGCAGCAGCAGCAGCAGCAGCAGCAGCAGCAGCAGCAGCAGCGAGUCCGACAGCGCGGCCUCCCGCGCCUCCUCCGCGCCCCCCUCCCGCAUCCGCAUCCGCAUCCGCAGCAUCCGCAGCAGCAGCAGCAGCAGCAGCAGCAGCAGCAGCAGCAGCAGGGGGGCAGCAGCUGCUGCGGGGGCCUCUUUAGCAGCAAACUUCAGCACUUCGAGUUUGUUCAACUGCGUCAAUUUGCUGCGGGAGGGCCGCUGCGUGCUGCAGAACAGCACAAGUGCUGUUCUCUUCAUAACUCUUUAUUCUCUCAUUCAACUUUCCACUGUCGUUUGCCUCUACCACUUCGGACAAAACCUCAGCGACGCUCAAUACAUGUGGGUGGACCUUUUGACAAUUCUUCCGCUUUCUUUUUUUCUUUCGGGAUCUCAAGCAGCAAAACGGCUGUCACCUUUUUCGCCGCAGCAAAGUCUUUUUGCUGCUCCCGUGGUGCUUUCUGCUGCAGGCCAGGUGUCUUUCCUGAUAAUCGCUUUGAUGCUGUGCUUACCACAGGCUUCGGCACAGCCGCAGCACGGCCUGUUGCGAAAUCGCCGCUGCGUGGCCUACAUGUGUCUGCUAGCGGGCCUUUGCUUUUCAUUUUUGUUAUUUCCUCCUGCUGCUGCUGCGCCUGCUUCGCACGUUUCUUCGCCAGCAGCAGCAGCAGCAGCAGCAGCAGCAGCAGCAGCAGACUGGGGCCUCGUGUCGCUGCUGCACCGCGUGUUCAUGGAUUUGCUGCAGCUGGCUGAAAGGGCCCGCGGGGAGUUCUACGUGUGGCUGGGGCUGGUGCCGCUGCCUGUGCUGCUGCAGCAGCAGCUGCUGCUGCUGUCUGCAUGCAACUGCGCAGCAACUGUGGGGUUUGAGCUGCUCGUUGUUGCUGCUGCUCUCACUUCUUAUUUGCUGCAGAGGGAGCAGGCUGGGGCCACAGCCUCUUACUUGCCCAAGACCAGUGGUGCAUGCGCGGUCUUGCUGAAACAGACCAGCACCAGCAGCAGCAGCAGCAGCAGCAGCAGCAGCAGCAGCAGCUAUACCAUUUCACCCGCUGCAGCACCCCACAGCGAAAAACACACCCAAAUGCUCCCCUUGGGGGCUCCCCGGGGGGCCCCCCAGGGGGGCCCCCCCACGAACAAUUUGGGGGCCCCCCAGGGGCCCCCUUUGCACCCAACCAGGGGCCCCCAGGGGGCCCCUUUUCAAGCCAACUAG